UGUGUAAGAUGUUUCUCUUAUUAGCUGUGAUCACCGUCUUCAACUUUUUGCUAUCCCAGCCGAGCAUGGCCGGUUAUUUGGAGGACAAAUAUCCAGCGUCCGUGUUGGAGGAUACUACUCUGGAUAUGUUUGGCCUGACCCGCAAAUAUAAUUAUCCCUUGGAGAGCCACUAUGUCACCACCGAAGACAAGUAUAUUUUGCGGCUCUUCCGGUUGCCACGACCCAAAGCGCGCCCGAUCUUACUUAUGCACGGCUUGUUGGACAGCUCGAUCACUUGGCUAUUGAGUGGGCCCUGGAGCGCCUUGGGAUACUAUCUCUUUGAUUUGGGCUAUGACGUCUGGAUGGGUAAUGCUCGUGGCAAUUUCUAUUCACGCAACCACUCACACUUUAAUCCCGAUACUGAUAAAUCAUUUUGGCAAUUUAGUUGGCACGAAAUUGGUUAUUAUGACUUACCAGCCAUGAUCGACUACGUUUUGAAACAAACGAAAUUUGCAAAGCUGGCAUAUUUCGGACACUCGCAGGGCACCACCACCUUUUUCGUAAUGACUUCCACACGCCCCGACUACAAUGAAAAGAUCACCGUGAUGAGUGCACUUGCACCGGUAUCUUAUAUGGCAAACCUGCAGGCGCCUUUGCUGCCCUUAGCGCGAAACUUCAUGACCAUCUCAGGCAAUACAAUCAACGAGUUUCUACCGCGCACAGAUUUGUGGAGAACUUGCUUCAUCUCGAAAAUGACCGAGACUACUUGUUUUGAUUUAUUGUACCAAGUGGUGGGCAAGGAUGCCGAAAUGUGGAAUGCCACAAUGGCUCCAGUGCACCUUGCCCAUUUUCCGAAUGGCUGCAAUAUGAAACAAAUAAAACACUACAACCAGCUAAUCGACUCAGGCCGAUUUCGUCAAUACGAUUGUGGACCAGCUGCGAACCUAAAACUUUACAAUAGCACACAACCGAAAGCGUAUGCAAUCAAGAAAAUCACUGCCCCUGUGGCGCUUUAUUACACCUACAACGAUCAUCUGAGCAGCUACAAGGAUGUGAUGCAGCUGGCAAGAGAGUUGCCAAAUGUUGCGGAAGACUGCUUGUAUCCAAAUAAGAAAUGGAAUCACAUGACCAUGUUGUGGGGCUUAAAGGCGCGUGAAUUGGCACACAAGCACAUGGUGGAGGUGAUGAGGAAGUUUGAAAGUUGAAAUUUAUGACAAACU